AUGCGGAGUGCACGUGAAUAUUUCCGCACAGUGAUGUGAAAAUAAGGACUUUUUAGUCUGAAAAUAAUUACUUUGUAAUUAAAAUGCUUAGUCCGGAAGUGUGGAAUUUUAAACCACCUCAACAUCAUUUUUCAAUAGAAAAAAGGGAUUACAAGGAAACUGAUCCACCGAAUAUAGUUGGCUCGCAUUAUUUUAACCAUUCAAUAUCUUUGGUGCUUCCUGACACAAUCAGAAUUCCGGAUGAAUUGCGGACUUGUAUUUCGGAGGAUUCAGACUACUAUCGAAUUAACGCAAUCAAUGUAUUUGAUUUAAUAAAUAAAGAAUUUAUAGAGGCAUUUGUUAAGAAAGGAGAAUUGAAUCUUCUGACAGUUGAUAAUAAAAUAAAUGUGGACAAUUCAGUUGCCAUUACACCAAGCGGACAUUUAAUAUUAUCAUUAUUAACAGAAGAUUUUCAAACACUUGGCUUAGAAGGCACAGUUUCCUUCUUUGAUCGUAAAGUACAUACACGUUAUGUCGUGACUAUUGAUUUAAAUUCUGAAAGCUUUACUCCUGGCAAGAAGAAUUACGAGCGUAUUCGAACAUCAUUAAAGGAGCGUUUCAAACAAAAAUUUGAUGUGAUUGUAUCAUGGAAUCCACCAGAUGAAAAUCUAUGCCCAUCAUCCGUAGCAGCAUGGUUUCAUGAACGUCAAUACAAUGUUGUUCUUUGUCAUCAGACCUUUCAACAAAGAAUUGAGUAUUCUGUAAGAAUACCAAUAAUUUCAGAGGAGUCCGAUAAUGAUACUUUCUUUGAAUGGCUUGGAAUUUUCUGUGUUUCUGGUAAUUUGAAAAAUAACAAAGAAAAUGACUACACAAAUACGUACACUUAUCCAUCGCCAUUUAUAGAUAUUGGACAGGUACAAUAUUUACAAUGGACUGGCUUUUUUACAAGGAAACAAGUGACAAAUUUUUAUAGAGUUAUAAAAAAAUAUAUACUAACGCGACACACUUUACCAUGGUGUGCUUUACAUGUACAAGGAUUUUUAGACAGCCCUAUUAGCUGGAAUUUGAAAGAACAUUCGUUUUAUACAGAUGGUGACAAUAGUUAUACCAUUGUAUUUAGACCAACUGCUGAUACUGUUAUACGAAAAAGUUUGAGUUCAAAUAACAAACCAAGAUAUUUUCAGUAAUCAUACACUUUACUAAAUGUUGUUCAAUAAAAUAAAUAAAAAUUUUCUAUGUGAA